AUGGCAUAUUUGUCGCAAACAUCUAUUACAGAAGAUAAUACUAAUAAAAAAUCAUUUAGAACAGCAAGUCAGUAUAUUUAUAUAGGACCAAAUAUAAAUAAAUUUGAAAGAAAAACAAUUUUAAGUGCUUUUAAACAAAUAGAAAGAAGAACAUGUUUGAAAUUUCAUAUUUUAGAAUUUAAACCAUGGUUACGAUCUGACAUGUGGAAUUCUAAUAAAUCUUAUGGAGUUAUAAUGAAAAGCAAUAAAUUUUAUGGAUACAUUGAUAAAGAAAUUGGAAAAGAGUUAAUAAAAAGUACCAUUUAUAUAUCAAAUAGAGGAUUACAUCAUCCAAAUAGAAAUACUUCAAGAGGAAUUAUUAUGGAUCAAAUACUUAAAUAUAUGGGUUAUAAAGAAGAAUAUUUAAGACCAGAUGCUAUUUCAUAUAUCAAAGAGAUACGACCUUAUCCAAAAAAAAGAGUUGUUCAAUUUUCAGAUGAACAAUUAAAUUGGCCAUACGAUCCAGAAAGUGUAACAAUGCCAUUUGAUUCUCCAAAAUAUAUGAAACCAACAAUUUAUUGUUCAGGUAGAAAUCAAAAAUCAUUUGGAGCUGGGCAGAGAGAAGGUUUAUUAACAGUAUGGGAUGCAGUAAAAAUAAAUUCUAUGUAUUGUCCAAAUCGUGUAAUUAAUGUUGAUAAAAGACGUGGCCCAUGUGCUGUUGCAAGAAAAAAUUUUUCAACAUCAAAAUCUAAAUAUAAUCAUUUUACUACACAUUCAUUUAAAAAUUAUGUUUAA